UGAAAAGCGAUAUCGUUAGAUCUCAGUCCAUGGGAAAACAGCAAUAAUGAAUAUCUACUACAUUUGCCUGUUAAAAAUACUCCUAAUUAUAAGUUUUAACCAAGCAAAAGUUAUAGAAAAACAGUCUGAUACAUGUAGAGAAAUAUUGGGGGACGAUCUGAUAAGAGAAAUUGGAUCCUAUGAAAAUGUAAGGGACGAAAUAUUGAGAUAUGUUAUAGAAGGAGAUUUUAAGGGAAAAACGUACGACGAAUUGGCUAAGUUUGUGGACAAAUUUGGUGCCCGUCCAUCUGGAUCUGAAGCUCUUGAAAAUUCUAUUGAUUAUAUCAUUGAUAUAACACGUGCGGAAGGUUUAAACGAUGUUAUUACAGAGGAGUUAGAGGUACCGCAUUGGACUAGAGGAGAAGAAAGUAUUACUAUGUUGCAACCAAGAGUUAAAAAUUUAUCUGUAUUAGGACUGGGUACUAGUGUGAGUACACCUCCUGAAGGUAUAACCGCUGAAGUGGUAGUUAUAAGUGAUUUUGCUGAAUUAGAAAAUAGUCAGGAAGAGGAUAUCAAGGGUAAAAUUGUUUUAUAUAAUCCAAUGUAUACUUCAUACGGAGCAACUACACCAUAUCGGACACAAGGUGCAACUAGAGCCGCAGCUAAAGGCGCUGUAGCCUCAUUAGUACGUUCUCUUGGACCAUUUUCUAUUAAUUCGCCUCAUACUGGUGCACAAACAUAUGGCGAAAAUGUAACUCAAAUACCAACAGCUGCUAUAACACUAGAAGAUGCAGAUUUAAUUAGAAGAAUAACUGCUCGAGGAGAAAAAGUCAUUCUAAAAAUCGAAAUGUCAUCUUCCUAUGAUACUAAAAUAUCAAGAAAUACUAUUGUUGAUUUGAAAGGAAGAGAGAAUCCUGAGAGCCUUGUAAUAGUAUCAGGCCAUAUUGACAGUUGGGAUGUUGGUCAGGGGGCUAUGGAUGACGGUGGCGGAGUAUUUAUUAGUUGGGCGGCUCCUGUAAUUCUCAAACGAUUAAAUUUACAACCAAGAAGAACUAUUCGCUCAAUAUUUUGGACAGCAGAAGAAGUGGGAUUGGUUGGCGCCUAUGCUUAUGAAGAAAAACAUCGAGAUGAAAAUCACAAUAUAAAUUUCAUUAUGGAAUCUGACGUGGGUACAUUUGCUCCUCUUGGCUUGUCAGUAGCAGCCAACCAAGAAGCCCGAUGUAUCAUUGCUGAAAUUUUGAAAUUAUUUGAAUCGAUUAAUGCUUCUACUUUAGUAGAAUCUAAUAGCGCGGGUCCUGAUAUAGAUGUUAUUACAAAUACUGGUAUUCCAGGAGCUGGCCUUCACAAUGACAAUGCAAGAUAUUUUUGGUUUCACCACACUGAAGGCGAUACUAUGAAUGUAGAGGAUGAACAUGAACUUGAUUUAGGGGCUGCAUUUUGGACGGCGGUUGCUUACAUAAUUGCCGAUAUUUCCGUCGACAUACCGCGAUAAAUAUUCUUUCAUAUUUAUAAUAAAAUUAUUAUUGAAGA